AUGUUCAAACACUAUAAAGAUUUGAGCGAUGUGGUGUCGUUGCUGGUGUUCUGCCCGUCGGACCGGUCGUAUCUGGUGAGCAAGGAACCGAGCGGCGAAUACUGGAUACCGUCCAGCAGGACCGAGAACAACUCAUGGAAGAUGACUGCGCACAAAAUUAACUUUGAGGCUAGUAGCAAUCAGUUAUUCGGCGUGGACGCUGGUUGCCAGUGUCAACCUUUACGGGUAUACAAGAUCUGGUUGCCGAAUCACCCGCAGCAGAGCGUCUACCACGCCGUCUACAAGGUCACAGUAAAGUCUGAUGUGAAGAAGAGGACCAAAGUUAAAAGUCCUCGCAGUCGGCUGCAGUGGUUCAACACCGUUGAACUGGAGCGCCAGCGAGCACAUUCCAUGCUCCGCAGCCCCGAGGUGGCAGUAUUCGCACAAAUGGCGGCUGGUGACUCGCCCAAGAACUUGGAAAACGAAAUGGAGUCUGGUACUCUAAUAGAGAUCUGCGAAGAGAACAUCCUCAUUGGCGUGGAUGGUGCCGGCGGCGCGGUCUCCCUCGCAUCCCCCAACUACUUACUUCUACACGCUGCUGGUUACACUAAAGAUGAUCAGAUACGCAUGUACCGCGAGUUCUUACUCCUGGUGUACCCGGCACUGUAUAUGAGUCCGCACGUGUUCACGCAUUUCAUGCUGGAGCUCGGCUGGCAGCGGACACAGUGUCCCAGUCUCUUCAGGGCAGCGGAUGUAACCGGUCGCGGGGGACUGUCUUUCCUGGAGACGAUGCUGUGGACGGCCGCUCUGGAGCCAGCCACGCCGCACAGCGGAAUACCAGCUGAGAUCCGCUGUCGUUAUAUAUUCAGGUACUUCGAUAGUAACCGAGACAUGAAGCUGGAGUAUGUGGAGUUCAAGGAGCUGGUGGGAGCAGCGCGCGCCGCCCGACAGUUGCCGGUGGACGCGCUGAGCGUGUCGCGAGAUGCUGACAUCUGCUUACGACAACUGGGUUUGCAGCCGAAUGCACAACUCCCUUUGGCCGAAUUCUUGCGAGGAGUGGGAGAGCUUCAUCUGAGAGGGACAAGUUCUCUAUUGCGGGCACCGAAGAGCAUAGUUGCAUAUCUGCUAGAUCUACAAGAUCAAGACACUGCAGUUAAUGUAACUUCUCCCUGUUCUUCAAAAAUGCUAGCGCCUACAAGUGCAGCCCCUACUGUUGGAGCAGAGAUUGCUCGGGGGGGCAGCUCGGCACGUGGGCCGCAGGCGCAGGCCGAGUACUACGUGGCUGCGCAUACGAUUCGCCUGCGGCGCCACACGCCGUUAGAACUGCUCCAAAUCGCGCACUACGACGAGGACACUGUGAGCGCGUCGACAGCGCGUCUCUUCAACAAUGCUGUAACCUCGGUGGAAGUGCUGGGUCCAGCGACGACUCCAACAGAAGCGCUCACAGCUGUGCACUACUUCGCUACUGCCAUUGAAAAAAUACCACACAGAAAAAACUCUGUAAGCAGUACAGUAGCGACAAGUAAGCCGGCGUGGUCGUGGCUGACUCCAGCCGAGGAGGCGAACUUUGGUUCCUUACUGCUAAAACUUGCUGAAGCGGUCCUUCCGAUCUGCGCUGCGGAACCGAGACUACUCCGCAUCACCUCGCCGGUUUAUGCUAUUGGCGACCUGCACGGCAACCUGAGCGCACUUCUGGCGAUGGAGGCGGCGCUGUGGGCGGGCGGCGCGGCGCUGAGCCCGGCGCGGCUGCUGCUGCUGGGCGACUACGUGGACCGCGGGCCGCACGCCGCCGAGCUGCUGGCGUACCUGCUGGCCGCCAAGCUGCAGCGCCCCGCCGGCCUGCUGCUGCUGCGCGGCAACCACGAGACGCGCGACAUACAGCGCAUGUUCACCUUUCACAGCGAGUGUAUAACCAAGUACGGCGAAAUUGAAGGCGUGAAAAUAUGGAAUGCAAUCAACAAAGUCUUCGACGUAUUGCCUCUGGCCGCAGUUGUUGACGAUAAGGUGUUCUGCUGUCAUGGUGGUAUACCUCCACCGUGGGUGUGUCCGCUAGUGACCGCAAUAGACAAAGUGCCUGUACCGUUGAGCCGCCCCGCCGAGCAGAGCUCCAUCGCAUGGGAACUGCUGUGGAAUGAUCCUAUCAAAUCAAGCAAGUUGACAACGACACUGGCACUGGAGCUGGCUGCUAACGAGGGUUUCGCGGCCAACGCCAAGCGAGGCACCGGCCACGUGUUCGACCAGACCGCUAUAGACCGGUUCCUGCUCGCCAACCAGCUGACGCAUGUGGUGCGCGCGCAUGAACUGCAUCACACUGGUUUCAUGUGUCAACUGCGCGGUCGUCUGAUAUCGGUAUUCUCGUCAUCUCGGUACUGCGGCGGCAACAACGACUCGGGACUGGUGCUGCUUGAGGGCGGGAAACUGCGACUCAUACGCAUCAACGACGAGUGACCACCAAAC